AGGGGUUGUCGUUCUGUAAAACUCACUUCAGGAAUAGCCGUCAAAAGCACGUGGUCCGUUAUGCAUCGGGUUCAACAAUUAUCCGGGAUUGCACGUGUGGAUUAGUGUUUUGGUUUUUCAAACAUGUUGCUACAAAAUUUAAUGACCUUUAUUAAAAGAAAAGAAAGUUAUGCUCAAAGGUUAUCACGUUUUCAAGUUGGCCAGGAACUAAGCAAGGAUGAUUGUAAAAAAGUUAUAUAUAUUUUGCGUGAAUUUUUAAUGGACCUAAAAUGUACAGAAGAUAUCGCCGAAUGUUUUCCCCAAUUAUUACCCGCAUUAGUAUCUUCAUGCAUUUCUACAGAUACGAUUUCAUUCAACGACGGAGAUUCGGUUCACAAGUUAAAUUCUGUUGUAUUGGGAAAAUUACUUAACAAAAGUCGUGAUUUAUUAGCAUUUGUGAUGCAAUAUUUUGACGUAAAUCCAGCACCAUUCGAGUGUGUGGAAAUUGAUCCGAAUAGACGGAACAAGCGAAAAGUACUAUCGGUCGUAGAAGUGUCCGAUUACGACCUGGUAACCGCUUGUUACGACAUUUUGUGUAGCGCGCCGACACAUUUCAAAUACAUAUGGAAUUGGUCUAAAUUUUUUAAAUAUCUGACUCAUGACAACGAGAGUGUAAAGUGGGUAGCAAUGAAUUGUAUCGCCAUUGUAUUGGGAAUGUCGGAAUCUUGUUGCAAUGAUUUUCUUCCACAAAAUCACCAGUUAUGUAUCGAACAUAAUAAAGUUCAUGAAAAUAGUGUAAAAGCUACGUUUACCAAAGAGAUAGAUGAUAUAUUCGAUGAUUUACCUUCUGUAGUAUCCAUCGGAGGGAUUCUACUUCCGCUUAUAAAGAGAUAUAAAUCUAAAAAUCAACUGAGUUUAGUGCCAGCACCAUCUGCGCGCAGAAACUUGCAAAACUUAGUAUUCGCUGUGUCUUCUAAUAAAUGCGUAUGCUUGCAAGGAGUAGUUGGUUCUGGAAAGACUACGUUGGUAGAGUAUUUAGCACAGACGACUGGUCACGACAAUAGAAAUUUUGCAAAAGUACAAUUGGGUGAUCAAACGGAUUCCAAGAUGUUGUUAGGAAUGUACAGAUGUACCGACAUUCCCGGAGAGUUUCUCUGGCAACCUGGGAUAUUAACGGAAGCUGUGCUGUCAGGCAAAUGGUUGCUUCUCGAGGAUAUCGAUUGUGCACCCACAGAUGUCAUCAGCGUUGUUGGACAACUCGUGGAAAACAAAACAUUGUCAGUACCAGGAUACAGGGACGCUAUACACGUGAAAAGUGGAUUUCAACUAUUCGUUACCAGAAGAUUAACUUCGGGGGGACUGCCAAAGCCGCUUCAUAUGUCUAUGCCGUCGCAGAAACAUUUCUCCUGCGUCAACGUGGAACCAUUAUCAAAAGAAGAACUUGUCACGCUUGUUCAGACUAUAUUUCCGCUAUUGAACACAGUGGCUACGAGAAUCGUGGAUGUGUUUCUCUUGUUUUCUGUCGGAAAUCACGAAGACGACAUUGUAAAUAGCAUGAGAAAUGCCAGGCAAAUUUCAACGCGAGAUUUAAUCAAAUGGUGCUCCAGAGCUGUGGUUGAUUUUGAUGUAUCUUCACCCACGUCUGCGCUGAAGGUUUUUCAAGACGCCUUGGACGUUUUCUGUUGUUCGGUACCUGAUCAGGAGCAACGAUUAAAUUCGGCGAUAUCGGUAGCGCACAAAUUAGGAAUCGUCAAAACGAAAGCUGAAUAUUUUUGUCAAGUGCACAAACCAUCGAUGAAUUUUCACAAAGGCUAUCUGAUCGUUGGUAGGGCAAAGUUAAAAAUGAAAAAAUGCGAUCGAGUGAAACUAGAAUGUAAAAAUUCAAACUUCUCUUACACAAGACCGUCUAUAUGCCUUUUGGAACGUAUAGCCAGCUGCGUUAUUCAAAAAGAACCCGUUCUCUUAGUUGGAGAAACUGGAACAGGAAAGACAAGUUGUGUUCAAUAUCUCGCCCAGAUAACGAGCCAUAAAUUGGUGGUAAUAAACAUGAAUCAACAGAGCGAGAGCACAGAUUUGCUCGGCGGUUACAAACCGGUAGACCUGAAACUUUUGAUUUUUCCAAUACGCGAAGAGUUCGAAAUACUGUUCCGGUCUUAUUUCGCGAUCGAACCGAAUCUGAAGUUCUUAAAUCACGUCGGACGUUGUUUCGAAGAAAGAAAAUGGAAAACUCUAACCAGCCUGAUGGUUCACAGUACCGUUGCGGCCUUGAAUAGACUAAGAGCAUCGGCGAAGAAUCAAACCGAAGCGGAACUUGUAAAGAAAUGGGAAAAAAUGGCGGAAAAAUUGGAGAAACUUCGAUCCCAGGUGCACAGCCAAUACUCGCUAGCAUUUUCCUUCGUCGAAGGCAGCCUGGUGAAAGCAUUGAAAAAUGGGGACUGGGUUUUAUUGGACGAGAUCAACUUAGCCACCGCUGAAACGUUGGAGUGUCUCUCAGGAUUACUAGAAGGCUCCUGUGGAUCGCUGUCCUUAUUAGAGCGUGGCGACAAGGAACCGAUUAAAAGGCACAAGGAUUUCGCAAUCUUCGCCUGCAUGAACCCUGCAACUGAUGUUGGAAAGAAGGAUCUCCCGGUUGGACUGAGGAACAGAUUCACAGAGUUCUACGUCGACGAGCUUACAGAGAAGUCGGAUUUACUCCUUCUGGUGAAUUCGUAUUUGAAGGAUUUGAAUCUUCCGCCGGCGAAGAUAGAAAGUAUCGUCAAGUUUUAUUUAAAUGUCAGGAAAGAGGCGGAAACGAAUCUUCUCGAUGGAACUGGACACAAACCGCAUUAUAGUUUAAGAACUUUGUGCCGCGCUCUGAGCGUGUCCGCGCAAAAUCCUUGUGCAAACGCGUUAAGAUCGUUGUACGAGGCAUUUUGCUUAAGUUUCUUGACGCAGUUGGACAGUAAGUCCUAUCCUUUGGUACAAAAAAUGAUCGUUAAGACGCUGCUAGGGAAUAGAGCUGUAAAGGCCAUCAUUGGAAGUCCCAUUCCAAGGACGCAGACCGGUCCGGCUGACCAUUUUAUCUCUUUCGAAGGGUACUGGAUUCCUAAGGGCGAUCUCGAACCGGAGGUACCGGAAGAUUAUAUACUAACAGAGACGGUGCAGCAAAAUCUGAAAGAUUUGGUGCGAGUAGUAUCUAUUGGAAAAAUGCCGGUAUUGCUGCAAGGUGAUACCUCUGUCGGUAAGACCAGUCUGAUAACUUACCUGGCGAAGGCCUCCGGGCACACCUGUGUCCGAAUCAACAACCACGAACACACCGACCUACAGGAAUACGUUGGUACUUAUGUAGCCGACUCGUCGGGGAAGUUGGUUUUCAAAGAGGGCAUUUUAGUUACCGCCAUGCGCAAGGGAUACUGGAUAAUAUUGGACGAAUUGAACUUAGCACCCAGUGACGUUCUGGAAGCUUUAAACAGAGUCCUCGACGACAACCGGGAAUUAUUUAUCCCGGAGAUUCAACAGGCUGUCAAAGCGCACGAUAACUUCAUGCUCUUCGCUACCCAGAAUCCCCCCGGGCUGUACGGUGGAAGAAAGGUGCUUUCGCGCGCGUUCAGGAACAGAUUCGUCGAACUCCAUUUCGAUGAAAUCCCAGCGAAGGAGCUUCAAGUGAUAUUGCACAAACGAUGCAAAAUGCCGAAAACGUAUUGCAGACAGAUAAUCAACGUGAUGACCGAGCUUCAGAUACGAAGAAAGAGCACCGCGACUUUUGCCGGGAAGAAGGGAUUCAUAACGCUCAGAGACCUGUUUCGUUGGGCCGAAAGGUACCGUCUCGCGCCUGACCUCGGAACCACUCUGUACGACUGGAGCCAACAUUUAGCCGACGAAGGGUACCUGGUUCUAUCGUCCAAGGUUCGUCGCCCGGAGGAAUGUUUGGAAAUUAUAGAGGUGUUGAAGAAGCACCUGAGGAGGGACGUCGAUCCAGAUACUCUGUUCACACUAUCGAAGGAAACUUCUUCGGUGACCAGACCGAUUUUGAAAUCUCUUCUGUCGGAGAAGAUUCCAGGAUUCAAACAUGUCGUGUGGACGUAUCAAAUGCGUAAAAUGGCGGUGCUUCUCUCGAAGGCAUGCGAGUUUAACGAGCCGGUUCUGUUGAUCGGCGAAACAGGCGGUGGCAAAACUACGGUUUGCCAACUUCUCUCCGUAAUUAGACGACAAAAACUUAGCAUCGUCAAUUGUCACAUGCACACGGAGGCUUCGGAUUUUCUCGGAAGUCUUCGCCCUGUGAGGGAGCACAAAGAAAAUCGGAAACUAUUCGAAUGGGUUGAUGGCCCUUUGGUAAAAGCUAUGAAAAGUGGAGGUUUCUUUUUGGUGGAUGAAAUCUCUUUAGCGGAUGAUAGCGUACUCGAACGGCUGAAUUCUUUAUUAGAACCUGAACGAAAACUUCUGAUCGCUGAGCACCCAUCCGCCGAAGAGAAUGCAACGGUGACCGCGCAUGAAAAUUUUAUUUUCGUCGGUACGAUGAAUCCUGGCGGUGAUUACGGUAAAAAGGAACUGUCACCGGCUCUUAGAAACAGAUUUACCGAAAUCUGGUGCGAAGGAUCCGCUUCGUUCGAUGAUCUUCGGAGUAUCAUGAUACAUAACCUACGCGAAGAAUUCAAAGAAAGCGUCUCCACUGCGAUAAUAGAAUUUCUGAAAUGGUUACAAGCCACUGAAAUAGGAAAGAAGCUUGUCGUUAGCGUUAGAGAUAUACUGACAUGGGUGAAUUUUAUUAAUUGUUGUAAAAAUAUGGAAAUAGGAGAUGCCUUCUAUCACGGCGCCGCAUUGAGCUACAUCGAUGGACUUGGUUCUGGCCUCACUGCCGUUGAAAAUUCAAAGAAUCUGAAGGAUUUUAAGAAAUCAUCGUUGAAGUUCAUCGAACAUCAAGUACAAACUACAUUAAAAUCUAAAUUAUUAUUGAAUUGCGAGGGAUUUGAUGUCGAAGAUCGCGAGGAUAAAUUUGGAAUAAAUCCAUUUUAUGUCAAGAAAGGGAAUGAAAAAAUUUCAAGUAACAUAGGAUUUGCUUUCACAAGUCCAACAACUAGGAUGAAUACUUUAAAGGUGUUGCGCGCUCUGCAGUUACAGAAACCAAUUUUACUGGAAGGUAGUCCAGGAGUUGGGAAAACUAGUUUGGUUUCAGCUCUGGCAAAAGCAUCCGGGCAUCGGCUUCUCCGAUUAAAUCUUAGCGAUCAAACUGAUAUUUCGGAUUUGUUCGGAGCCGAUUUGCCAGUAGAGGGAGGAAAGCCUGGAGAAUUUUCUUGGACGGACGGUCCAUUCUUAAGAGCCAUGAAAAAUGGAGACUGGAUUCUUCUUGACGAAUUAAAUCUUGCGUCACAGUCGGUCCUCGAGGGAUUAAACGCUUGUCUCGAUCACCGUGGCGAAGUUUAUAUUCCUGAAUUAGGAAUGACUUUCAAAGUGAAACCAGGAACUCGAUUGUUUGGUUGUCAAAAUCCUCUUCGUCAAGGUGGAGCUAGGAGAGGACUGCCAAAAUCGUUUUUGAAUCGUUUUACACAGGUUUUCGUAGAUACUCUGGAACAAAAGGAUUUGAAGUUCAUUUUGAAGACACAGUUUCCGGAGCUUCCGGAACAAUUAUUGGAUAAGAUGAUUCAGUUUAACGAAGAAAUCAGCUCUCAAGCUGGAAUUACGUGGGCCCAUCAAGGAUCACCAUGGGAAAUGAAUCUUAGAGAUGUUACCAGAUGGUGUGAAAUAACUAUGGCAGCUUUUAUCCGGAAUUCAAAGAAGAGUUAUAAUCCUGGGAAUGGUGCUAAGCUGAUUUAUGUUGACAGAAUGAGAACGAACGAGGAUAAGAACAAUGUGAUCGAGAUAUAUAACAGGAUAUUUUCACCGACCGAUUAUCCUUUGCCAGAUCCGAAUUUCCCGGUCCACGUAACAAAAGAUGAAGUUAUCUUGGGAGAUGAAAUAUUGAAACGUAGUGAUUUUUCUAUAUACGAAGACGAUGAUUUGUUGCUUCUGAGGGAACAGAAAGCUGUUCUUAGGAGUCUGGCACAGUGCGUUAACAUGAAUUGGAUGUCCAUUCUUGUCGGAGGAUCUGGAACCGGAAAGAGCAGUCUCGUUCAUCUUCUGGCAAACUUGGCUGGAAAAAAGUUGAAGUCAAUUGUCAUCAAUUCGGCGAUGGACACGACAGAAAUCUUGGGUGGCUUCGAACAGACGGAUUACGACCGACACUUUGAGGAAUUGCUGGAUCGCACUGAAACACUGUUGAUUGGAAUCUUGCGAAAUAAUCUAAUGAAAGAGCAUUUGGAUCUAGUCGCCUAUUACCAUAGUCUUUUGGACAAUGUUCGACACCUGUCUAUAGGCGACGAGAAGAGAAUGGAAACAACCAUGUCGACGGAGACGAAGCUGUUCCUCCGUAAAACCGUGGAAUUAUCGAAACUGGUGUCAGCCAUGAAAGCAUUCGGGACAUUCUGCGAAUUGGAAGUGCAGGAAAUCGAGAAAAAACUGACCGAUCUAUCGAUCGCCGUGGAAAAGGACAAAUGCUUGAACGCUGGUGGAAAAUUCGAAUGGGUUAACAGCGUGCUGGUGAAGUGUCUGCAGAAUGGCACGUGGCUCUUACUGGACCAUGUGAAUCUUUGCAGUCCAGCAAUUUUGGAUCGAUUAAAUGGACUACUGGAACCAAACGGAGCUCUAACGAUCGGCGAGAAGGGCGUCGAUGAGAAUGGAAAUGUAUUCACCGUGAAGGCACACAGAAAUUUCCGACUGUUCCUCAUUAUGGACCCACGUUAUGGGGAGAUAUCCAGGGCUAUGCGAAACAGGGGUGUUGAAAUAAGUAUACCAACUCCGCAGCAUGUUCUCCCUUGCAAUCCAGUGGACGUAGCAUCUUUAUUAAAUAAUUAUGGCAUGAGGAAAUUGGAACAUCAAAAAUUAAUCGUGAAAAUUCAUGAAAGUUUGUACGAUAAGCAGUACAAGUUGAACGAGAUGGUGCAAGUUGCUUCAUUUACUAGUCAACAGGUAGCCAAAGGACUUCCUUUCGAGGAUUCGUUAAGGAAUUCUUACCGUGAAAUCUGUGGAACAUUCGAUUCGAGAUCGAAAAAGGAAGCUUUGAGAAAGAUCGAUGAAAUAUUGUCGGAGAAUCGUGCGGAACAAGUAUCGGUUUCUUAUGAUUUAGACGCUUUGACACUGAGAAUCUGUGAUCUUAGAAGAAACGCAGGAUUGGCGGUAGUUAGACAGCAGGGAUUUCUUCUGCAAUCUGCAGUGGAAAAGUUCAAGAACAGUUCAAAGAACAUUGAUCUCCAAGAUCUUUUUGAUCAACCUCCCAUCGCGAAUGCAAUGGGAUUUCUUAAAAAUCUUUUGUUAGAUUUUUAUGAACGAACUUCUUUGGACGAUUUAUCGAUCAGACGAAUAUGGAAUUGCAAUAUUUUUUCGAAAAAUCAGUUAAAUCGGUUUGAGGUAUUAAACGAAUGUCUGAGCAAGGAAGUUGAAUCUUUGAGACCCUUAUUUGAAAAGAAUUCUGCUUUGGACAUUCCAUUGAACCUUGUUGAACCUUCGACAUUGGUUAACAAUUUAGCAAUUGUAUUAUAUUUUCGAUUGAUAAUUUUUAACUGCCAGGCAGAGGAAAAUUUUCAAAGAAACAAAAAUGUUAUAUAUCUGAAGGAAUACUCCUCUGCUGUUUGCUUAGGGAAACUAGCGUCCAACCUGAAGAAUGAACCAUUAAUUCUGAAAUUCAUAGAAUUGAUCGAACAAAGUGCGAAGGUUAUCGACAUGGUAUUUCGCGUCGAUAACUUAUCGAUAAACGAUAAAAAGUACAUCGAAUUGCGGGAAGAUUUGAAAUGGUUUCAAAGAUUUUAUAAUUUAGGAACGAUCGAAUUAGUAGAUAAAUCAAAAGGUAUAUUUCUCGAUCUACGAGAAAUCUCUUCAUCGUUAAAGGUCCAUUAUAAAUGGCUGAACAAAUUUUUCAAGAAACUUUUUCAGCUUCUUGAUGUGAAACGUUGCAACUCCAGUGUAGAGAAAAAAUUGACAAAUUUUUCAAAGAAAUUUUUAAACUUGAUGGUCGAUGCAGAUAAAUUUAGAAAAAUUCGGAAGAAAGUUAAGAAACUUCUGCCGAUUCCAUCGCCACACUUUUCCGAAGAUUCGAUGACUUUCCAUGAAAAUUUACGAGCAGUUUUAAAGAAACUGGAAAUCGUCGAAGAAGAUUUAGUUGAUUUGUCAAAAACGCGGUUGAAAAUUGUUUCAGUAGGACUUGAGGAGAAUUUGACAGCAAGGGAGAGAGUAAUGAAUAUUUUUAUUCAUAAUUUCAAAAAUAAUGAAACAAAUAAAACUGAAGAUUUAUCGGAAGUCGAUGAACUCGGUGCGAAAAUUACUGAGCUUAAAGAACUCGACGACAAUUCUGUAGCAACAAUUAAUAAUUCUACAGAAAUUGAAAUAUGGCCCAUUUAUGAAUUUUUCUUUAUGCUUUUCACUUAUCGCUUCCAAAGAAAACUUUGCGAAGAAAUUCGUGGGAAUUUUGAACAAAAUGUAGGAAGAAUAUAUAAGGAAACUGUAUUCAGAAAAUUUGAAGAAGUACCAACGAUACCGAUACAUUUAAUUGCUUUAAUAAAAGCAUUGAACUCUGAUGACAUUUUAUCGAAACGAAGAAUUUCUUUGCUUCCUGAAUUAUUUUCCUCGGCCGAAGAAUUUUCAGAAAGAUCUUUCGCUGUGAAAAAUUCAGACGUGCUUUUACAUUGGUACGAUCACAGAGAAACAGAUUGCGAAGACAGUUUAAAUAUUUUUCAGCCAAAUUUCAUUGAUAAAGCAACUCUUUGCAACCUGAUCUUUGAAUUGUUCCUAACAAAUACUGGAAAUAGAAAAGAGAUGAUCAAUUUUGGAAAUUAUAAAAAUCAAAAGAAACUUUUGAAAACAAUCCAAACAUUGCUAUGGAAAAAUUCUUUGGUGUUAAAUUCAAAUGAAUUCAGCAUAUCCACAAAUGAUUCUGUUCUUUUAGAAUUCUACAUAAAUUAUUAUACCACAGCCAUCAACAAAGUCACAGACAGUUUUGCAUUAACAUUGAACGAAGAAGAGCAGAGAGACCUAAAGAAUCGUUUCUUCGAACCAAUAAAAUUAUUAAUGGAAAUAAAAGAAAAUUUGAAAAAUGAAAACAACGUCUUGGAAAGAGGAAAAGGCUGGUUGAUUCUUGGUCACUUACAAAUCUUCAUCUUCCAUGAUCUAGGAUCCAUAGAUCCAGUUCAGAAAGUAGCUCUAAAAUCAAAGUACAUGAAAGAAAAUAUUUCAGACCUAGAACGUUUAAUGUGUAUCGAAAAUCUGCAGUGUACCAUUCUUGGAAUUAAUUUAUCAAAAGAAAAAAAACAAUCAAGAGUCGAUCGUUUAAAAGAAUUAUCGAAUGAGAUGAAAAGUUUUGAAGAUUUCCAUGCGGUGAGACCAACGUUGACUUUCCAAAGUUUGAGGGAAGAAAUUGAGAAUUUCUCAAAGAACAUAGGUUCGUUUGAAUCGGUCUUCAAACACGUUAAACAUUUAAAUGAUUUACUUGAAUUGAAAUGUGAUAAAAAAGAGUCCUUUAAUCAAAUUAGAGAAAAGCUACAAGAAGCUGUCAUUUGGAAGAAAUCAUUGGAAAGGUUCUCUGGAAAAUUGGAGAAGAACUUUUUAAACGGUUUCCCAGAUCUAGUUUCACCAAUGAUUUUUGCCAUUUCGAAUUUACACCAUGGAAUAUCAAUUUUUAUCCACGAAUUAUCAAACAUACAGGCUCGCACUUCUAACAGCGACAUUUGUUACAACCUUCUCCGCUUUCCAGUUACUGGAGUCUGCCAGCAGAACUACAUAAACUUAGCGAAGCUCUGUUCCUCGGAGAAAUUGAUCUUCGAUUUGAGCGAAGAUAAAAAAUCGAAAUCCAUUCAGAAAUACAGAUUCAAGAUGGCUAAUAUCGCGUUGAAAGAGCUUGAAAAUUUCUCUCUGUUCGCCGUUGAUCGGUCGCAGUCAUUCUGGGGUGAAUUGAAUAAGAUUUUAUUGAAAAUUCGAAUCCUCUGGAAGGAUCAAGAAGAAAGGAGGGAAGAAGAGAUGAAAGAGAAACAGAGUCUUUUUAGAACGAAAUUUGAAUCUAAGGAAGAGGACGAAUUGGAUUUCAGGAAAAUCUUCCCAGGAUAUCAGCAAGACUUUUUAGAACUGGCUGAAAUGUUCCCAGGGUACCAGCAAGACUUCCCAGAGUUACAGAGAAUCCCGGAAACUCUCCAGAAUGAAGACGAUUCGUUCGUUGAAUUGAUAUCCAUAAAAGAUGCCAGGAGGGUUCAAGAAAUUCACUGGAACAUCCUGAGAAAUUCUGAAAGACCAGAGAACAGUUUGAAACCAAGUUUCAUCAAACCUCUGGCAGAAAGAUUUGAAAUGUUCGGUUCUACGAUGAGAACUUAUCCUGAAAAUCGUUCCUCGAAAUUGAUAUGCAGCUUAAACGUACUAAUUUCACAGAAAUCCACUUUUGACGACAGAAAAAGUCACUCAGAGGUGUAUGAUUUUUACAGAGAUUCGAACAUUCCGGAAAUCGAGGAAUGCCAACCAUUGUUCGACGGACUUGCCGGAAGGAUUCGUGAUCUGUUAAAGGAGUGGCCUGAAAAUCCGAUUUUAAAUUCGAUCAGAUUGAUCAUCGAUAGGAUAUUUAGCUUCUCCGUUGAUUCGUCCUUAUCCAGAUUUUUAGUUGGCGCUGAAUUACUGUUGACAAAGAUUCAACAAUGGGAAGAGAACGCUCGUUCCGACGUUAGCUUGUCAGGAUUCAUCGAGUCCUUUGGCGAAAGAAUUCUUCGUUGGAGGAAAUUAGAGAUUUCAAGGUGGAAGGAUUCUUUGGAAGUUCUUGAGGAUCGUUUAAAAACUGACGCCUCAAAGUGGUGGUUCUUCUUGUUCGAUUUGGUUGAUCAGUAUCUUGUGGAAGAAGAAGGAGAAUUAAAAGAUUCCCAGACAACUGAGACUGUUUCAAAGGAAAAAAUAAUUGAGAAUUUAGGACGCUUCUUAACGGAAUCACCUUUGAUAGAAUUUGAAACAAGACUUGAAUUGGUCUAUAUGUUUUAUUGUCAUGUCAGCUAUUUCAAGGAAACUGAGAGACAGAAAGAAUUGUCUGCAAUAUUUUGGAACGUUUACUUUUACUAUACUCAGUUCCUGAACGAUGUCCAGAACAAGAUCAAAGUUUUGAAAGAACCCAUCGCCAAGAAAUUGAAGGACACCAUCAAAAUAACAAGAUGGAACGACAUAAGUUAUUGGUCUGUAAGGAACACCGCCGAAAAGACGCGAAGAACCUUGCACAAGUUUGUUAAAGAAUUUCAGAAGGGUCUGCGGGAGAACGUUGCGUCCUACUUAUCGUUGAAAGGUAAAGUAGGAAUCGCGGAGACGUGUACCAGAAGAGAGCUGGGUCCAUCCGAAUUCUUGAUGGACCUGGAGGGCAAAAAGUUGAAAAUUGAGAAGCUAACUCAGAAAGCUCGCAAGUUCUGUGAAUAUAUAAUUGUUAAAAGUAAUUAUUUACAAAUUAGACAGGACAUUGAAACUUUUAUAGAAGAUAACAUAGAGGAGAGCAACAGGUUGAAGAAUAUGGAAGUAGACAAGACUCUGACAAAAGGAAAACAACAAUCACUGUUAAAAAGCAUGCUGCAACAGAAGAAAAUGGCACUGGCUAAUUAUUUCAAAACACUGAGUCGACUUGGAAUUUCUUAUAGAAUUGGAGUUCUCACUUGGAAGAAUAGAAAAGACUUAAUCAACAAUUUUGCUGCUACUCCUUUGGAUCUGAAGGAAAUUCAGAGAUUCAAACUGAUUGCAAGAAAAAAAACAGAGAACGUUGAAGAGGGACUGAUCGAAGAGUGGUCCAGCUGUGAUAAGUAUUAUUACGAAUCAUUGAUCAAAUUGAAUUUCCUAAACGGUAUUUUGGAUUCUGGAAAAAGCGACAUUGGUAUGCAAAAUGCUGAACGUUGUCGUGGACUGUCGAUACAUCUCGUUUUGUUGGCUCAUCGACAAAAAGAAACGAUCGCUGAUUUCUUUCAACAUUUUCUCCCAUUCAGAAUUCAAAUAUCAAACCUUGCGCUGAUGUUGGAGGACUCAAAGAUUUGCAGUCAAGUUUCAAAGGAGACGGAAAGAAUAAACAUUCCAAAACAGAAAAGCUUGCAGAUUAUUAUGAGUAACUUCCAAGAAUUGUUAGAAGUGUUACAAAUAUCCAUGGAACAAAUUCUGAUAUACUUGGAAAGUUGUCCAAUGGAAUCCCUCGCUGAAGAAAAUCUUGAUUUAAAUGAAACUGCAAUACCUGUUCUGAAAGAGAAUAAUAUUUGCAGAAAUUCAAUUAUUUGGAUGCAGAAUUCUUUGAAUUUAAUAAAAACUAUAACAAACCAGUUACACUCCUGGAUGAUGAUUUCAAAAAGGGUUGAAAAAUCAGACCAGAUUUUCCUGUAUCAUCAGAGACACAUAGAUUUUCUUCAGACAGGUUACCAGAAAAUCACAGAAGUUAAAGAGAAAUUAGUUGAUCUUAAAAUCACUUUCACAGUUGAUCAUCCCAUCGCUGAAAAUUUGAAUUUCUUAAUAGAUAAAAUUGAGGAGGGUAAUAAUUUAUUGAAAUCAACGCUUGCCACAGUGGUGGAAGAGGCAAAUGAGCCUAAAAUAAUGGAAGAAUACGAAGAAAAGUUGGAUGUAUUAAUAACACAAAUUCUUCUUGUCAUUCAAAAGAAGGUUCAAGGUAAUCAGGCAUCCAGUGAAGAAACAAUUGAUUCCCAAAAAGAAGAUUUUGAAGAAAAUCUUAUAACUGAGAAAUUGAUAGAGUCCUUGAAGAAAAAUAUUUCAAAUUUGCGACUAAAUAAAAUAUCACAAGUAUUUGGAGAAUUAUUGCAGAUUAUUUUUGAAUCUGAUGUCGAGUCUGCAAAUAAAUGUGUAAGGUUACUCGUGCAACAUUUGCCUCUUUUAGAGCAGUACACCUUGUUCCUCCAUUACUACCUACACGAACAGGUGGCAUCUUUUCGGUUGACCUGCAAGUUCCUUUAUCUUCAGCUGAAUGUCUUCCUCGAUUUGGCCAGAAAUGGUUUCUGUCAACCGGAGAACACAGAUGCACCUGAGGAUGAUCAGGAAGGUGGUACAGCUGAAGGUGGAAUGGGUUUAGCCGAGGGAGAAGGUCAGAAAGAUGUUUCUGAGAAAAUAGAAUCAGAGGAUCAGUUAGAAGACGCGAAAGGUCCAAACGAAGAAGAGAAAGAUGAGGAUAAGAGAGACAUGAAGGAAGAAGAGAAGGGUAUCGAAAUGUCAGAAAACUUCGAUAGCCAUUUGCAAAAUCUGGAGAAAGGUGAGGAUGAGGAUGAGGAUAAGGAAGAGGAAGAGGACCUUGAUAAGGAGAUGGGUGAAACUGAUGAAAAUGCAGAGAAGCUUGACGAAGAAAUUUGGAAAGACGAGGAUGAAGAGGAGGAAAACAAUGAUGAAAAUGAAGAUGAUAAGAAGGAAGAGAAAGGAAGCGGUGAGAAAACUGGACAAGAAGAGCUAAGUGCAAAAGACGGUGAUGAGAAUAAAACUGAGAAUGAAGAGCAAGAAAGAGACAGCGAAGGGCAAAGAAAGGAAGAAGAAAAGAAGGAAAUAAAUGAAUUUGAAGAACCUGAAGUGGACGAUGAUCAGAUAGAUCCUUACCAUGGAAAACAUCAACCAGAAAUUGAGCCAGAAUCUUUUGAUCUUCCAGAAGAGAUGAAUCUGGACGAAGAAAUGAAGGAAGAUAAUCCUGAAAACGAAGAGAACCCGUUCGACAUUGAUCAAAUGAAAGAAACCAAGGUACCUGAAGAGAAAGAAGACGAGGAAGCUGAAAAACAAGAAGAUUUAAAUGAAGACGAGCAACAGGAUUCUUCUGCUGAUGAAGAUGAACAGGAAAAGGAAGAAGAUUCAAACAUGGAACCUGACAAGAGAAGAGACGAAAGAGAUAGAAACGUUGAAGAAGAUAAGAAGGAAGAAAAAAUGGAGGAAGAGAAAGAACUAGAAGAAGAUAAAGCACAGGCAAGCAUCGAUGCAGGUAGCAAAGAAGUUGAUGCUUCCCAAGAAGUUGAAUCGAAGAAGGAUGGUUCCAGGGAUGCGGUGGAAAGUCAAUUGAACAACGAAAACAUGGAAACUGAUUCCACAGACAAUAUCGCUGAUGAUAAGAAGGAUAAAGGAACUGGCCAGUCGCAAACAGAAAAGCGCGAAGGACAUUCCGGAUCCAAACAAGAAGAAAACGCUCCUGUUUCUGGUGAAGAAAAAUCCAAUCCCGUUAAAAAACGAAGAAAACCAGGCGAAAGUGAUGAAAAUCGUAGUUUACUCGAUGACGAAGUUCAGCCUUCUAUAAAGAAGAUGAAAACUGCACCAACUCGUCAAGAAUUAGAUAACAAUGAAGAAAAAGAGAAUAACGAAGUCGGUGGUGAAAGCCAAGUUUACGAACAUAUAAAAAGUACAGAAAAAUUUGACGACUACGUUUUCGACGCUGCAACCGAAGAACAGGUUAGGAAACAAGCAUCAAAUGUGGACGAUAAAUUGGAAGAGGAGGAGGAGGAGGAGGAUGAUGAUAUUAAAAUGCACGACGAUACGGUAGCAGAUAAUCAAGAAGAAAUAAAUAAGGAACAUCCCGAGAAAGUAAAUGAAAGCAAGAAAGAUAAAUCUACAAAUGCCAGGGGAGAAAGAUCUGCGGACGAUGUCGAACAGAUGGAAGUGGGAGGGGAAGUCGAAGGUGAAGUAGUAGAAACGACUCGUGUAUUGCGUGGAAACGAAUCAACUGUCCAUACAAAGCUGUCUGAAAUAGAGGUAUACGAUGCUUUUGUGGAUAACAUAGCAGAGAAAAGGUUUGAGAUUGAAAAUAUGCUUGGGCAAUGGUCUCGUGAACCAUCUUCCAUAGAAGCAGCAAACGCUUGGAGUUCCAUCAGUGCAUUGACCGAAUCAGCUGCUAGAGAAUUAUCAGAAAAAUUACGGUUAGUUUUAGAACCAACUCUAACCUCCAGAUUAAAAGGUGACUACAGAACUGGCAGACGUAUUAACAUGAGGAAAGUGAUCCCUUAUAUUGCCAGUGAAUUCCGUAAAGACAAAAUAUGGUUGAGGCGUACCAAACCAUCGAAAAGAGAUUAUCAAAUUGUAUUAGCAAUCGAUGAUUCCAGCAGCAUGGCUGAUAAUCAUUCAAAGGAAUUAGCUUUUGAGUCGCUCUCAUUAAUUGGCAAGGCUAUGACUUAUUUGGAGGUCGGUCAACUUGCUGUUGUUAAUUUUGGGGAACGAGUGAACAUUCUGCAUCCUUUUGGAGAGAACUUUACGGAUGAAAGUGGUGCUAGAUUAAUCCAAGAGAUGAAAUUUGAGCAGAAAAAGACAAUGAUCGGUCAGUUACUUGAUUUUACAAUAGAUAUGUUCGCAUCUCAGAGCAGUUCCUCUGACAAUGCAAAAUUGCUGGCCAUUUUAUCAGAUGGUAGAGGAAUAUUUUCAGAAGGAAUAGAGAAAGUGAUUGCAGCCGUGAGAAGAAGCAAAUUAUUGAAUGUUUUUCUUGUUUUUAUAAUAGUUGACAAUCCUCUCAAUAAAGAUUCAAUACUUGAUAUAAGGAUGCCAAUUUUUGAAAAUGGAAAACUAUUAGGCAUACGUUCUUACAUGGACAACUUUCCAUUUCCAUUUUACAUUAUUCUUAGGGAUUUGGAUUCUUUACCAAUUGUGUUAAGCGAUGCGCUUAGGCAAUGGUUUGAAAUAGUAGGCAGAAUUGAUACAUGAAUACAUAAUUUCCUUUCCAUUGUAUAUACAAGUAUUGUUCUUUUGUACUUUAUAAUAAUGUAACUUACGAUAGACUGAAUUUAAACAUUGUAAUUAAAAAAGAAUGAAACGCUAAAUAAAUCUAUGUGAACUAUA